UAGGGUCAGGUGGUCGGCUGUGACGUCAUCUUCACCUGACGUCGCUUUAAACUGACGCUCAAUUAAACACCUGCUGCCUCCUCACGGCUCAGCUGGGAGGAAGAAGAUGAUGAAGAAGAAGCAGCAGGACUGAAAGUUUAGCCGGUGAAGGAGCAGCAGGAGCUGCAGCAGGACCAGGACUGAAUGAGCUGAACGUCUCGUUACUUCACCUCCGGAUCAAACGCUACCUUCAGACGCAGCAGAGACCGGAGAGGAAGAAACACCUGCGUGGAGUUUACAGUGAUGGGUGAGUCACGGCGUGUUGUGGAGGAGCUUCUGGCUUUGUGUCUGCAGAGAAUCACCAUGGAGGAGAACAACAUGAACGCUGAGCUGAAGUUCAUCGAGGUGGUGAAGAACUUCGAGUCCGUCCAGAAGAAAUGGCUUCAUGCUGAGAUGGAGCUGAAGAAGUACAAAGAGCUGCUGGUGAAGUCUGACGUCUCCAAAGCUGCUCUGGAGGUCAAACUGAAACAUGCCAGAAACCAGCUGGAUGUCGAGAUGAAGAAACGCUACAAGAUCGAGGCCGACUACCAGUACCUGCGGCAGAUGCAGCUCAUGUGUGACAUUCUGGUCCACGACAGUAAAUCCAGCGCCUGCCUGAACGAUGAGCAGAAAUCUCUGCUGGCGACGUUUGAACAUAAAGCAGGAAAUGCGACUCUGCAGAAGAGCAGCAAACGGCUCUCUGUCAUCGAUGAGUCAUCCUUCCUGUCACAUUCUGACAUCAGCUACGACCGCACGGAUGAUGACGUGGAUUUGGACACCACCGUGAUUAAACCUCUGAGAUCUCGAGCCAGAGAGAGGAGGCGCUCCUCGAUGGGUCCUUCCUUCGGUCCUCCGGUAGUGAAGCGAAGCCGAGGAGGAAACGUUUCUGCAGAGCUGCUGGACAGAAGAACGGUGGAGAAGGACGUGGAGACCAUCGUCAAGGCGUCUCUGAUGACUGCUGAGGCCGGAGGUCAGAUCCACAUGGUGGUGGGAAUCAGCCAGGAGACCCCCAAACAUCCAGCCGGGACCUUCAGCCAGGAGAACCCUGAACAUCCAGCCGGGACCUUCAGCCAGGAGGCAGCAGACCAAACCUCAGUGUGGUUCCCCUGCGAUGACACCGUGAUUGAACCCGAACCUGAAGAUCUGCCAAAAGACGAAACCGUUCACGCCUGCAGAACUCAAAGAACCAACAGCCAUGUGUUUCUGUCGAAGACGGUGAUUCGGCCAGAGACCUGCCUGCCCUGCGGGAAGAGGAUGCGCUUCGGGAAGAUGGCGGUGAAGUGCAGAAACUGUCGCGUGGUCGCUCAUCCAGAAUGCAAACAGAAGUUCUCCGGUGGCUGCUCAGCCUCCAAGCCAGCAGCUAGAGGAACUGUUCAGAUGGACUCGUUGGAGGGUUUUGCUCCGCAGACUCAUCCCAGAGUUCCUGUGCUGAUUGUAAACUGUGUGGCUGAGAUUGAACGGAGGGGGCUGCAGGAGAGAGGUCUGUACCGGGUUCCUGGAGGGGAGCGGCUGGUGAAGGAGCUCAGAGAUCGGUUUCUUCAUGGGGAAUCAUUGGUGAUGCUCAGUAAAGUUCAGGAUGUCCAUGUGGUGUGUGGACUUCUGAAGGACGUCCUCAGGAAGCUGAAGGAGCCUCUGCUCACCUUCAGACUGCACCGGACCUUCAUGGAGGCUGCAGAGCUGGCCGAUGCUGACAGCUGCUCGGCCAUCAUGGUUCAGAAUGUUUCAGAGCUGCCCAAAGCCAACAGAGACACUCUGGCCUUCCUAAUGCUGCAUUUACACAAGGUGAUGAGGAGUCCUCAGUGCCAGAUGGACCAGAAUAAUUUGGCCCGGGUGUUCGGACCGACCAUCGUGGGUCAUGGGAUGUCUGAGCCGUCUCCAACCACCAUCAUGAGAGACACCAACACUCAGCCGAAGGUUGUUCUCCGCCUGCUGUCCCUCCCUGAAGACUACUGGAGACGUAUCCUCACCAUUCAGAUGGAUCAGGGGCCCUCCUCAUCCUCCACCUUUAAGAUGAACCAGGAAGAGACACAUGGUCGGCUGUUUAAACCAGUCACUUCUCCAGAGUUGAACAGCUACUACAAGACUGCCAGCAGAGGAAAUCCGAGAAGCCAGGCCAGGAACCUGGGCAACGCUUUCAACAACACGGGUCGACUGGAGCCAGGGAGGAGGUUCUUCACGUCACCCAGCUGAUUCCAACACUCUGUUGCUACAUCCAGUCUUUAGUUUUACACCAACAGCAAACACUAGAUGUCAGAAUGUAAUUUACGUGUUUCAUUUCGUGUUAAAGAACUCUGAAUAGAAUCAGUGUGAGUUUGGAAUAUGCUGUUUGUGUUUCUGGUAGUUUUCUGAGAUAUAGAAUCAGACCACAACUCAAACUGUUCAUCCCUCAGUGAUGUUUUAGUGUGAGAAAGAUGGAUGCAGAGUCAGUGUUCACACUUUUAUGAAUAUGUUCAACAGAGUCGGACUGGUGGGACUGGUCCAUUACAGAAGCACCAAUGAGAGCACAGCUUUCCCCUGCAGCAGAUAAAGAUAUCUGCAGAUGACUUGCUGUUAUGUGUUCUAGGAUGUAGGACAUUCAGACUGGGUCAGACUGGAUCAGACUGGAUUAAUCCAGGUCAGACCGGUUAGCUCGAUCAGGUGGUUCUGGAGUUAAAGCAUUUUCCACUGUGGAAAAUAAAGUCACGUCCAUGUUGAAAUGUAAAAGAAAUAAAAGUGAAACAGCUCAUGCUGCAGGUGGUCGUUUCAUUCCUGCUGAUCUCCUGUGAACCUCUGACUGUAUACGAACAUGUCUGAACCCUCAGGUUUCUUGUAGAGCAGUUCAGAGGUUCUGGUUGGUUCCACCUGUUUCCAUCUUGGCAGUUCCUGACCACGGACUGCUUGGAAAGAUGGAUGUCACCGGUUUGUGGCUGGCUAGUCUGAAGUUUUGAAAUGGAACCUGAGGGGCAGCAGUGAAC